AUGUUCGAGACGAGAUCCGUGGAUAACUUGGAGGACCCCGCCACGGUGCUGGAACAGUUCGUGCACGAUGUGGCCAACCUGCCCGCGGAGAUCAACCAUCUGAUGGAGGAGAUCCAAGCCAAAGACAAGACCAUCCAGGAAUGCCGGACGACGAUCAAUUCGCGCGACAGCAGUCUCCAGAAAUUCAUCAAACUCAACGGCAGCCUGACCCCCAACCCGAAGGAAGAGCAAUACAGCAAGACAAUCCUCCAGAACCUCGACAAGUCGCAACUCCUGCAAGACGAGAAGAUUCAGCUCAGCGAGAAAGCCUGCGUCCUCCUCGACCGCCAGAUCAAGCGUCUGGACAUCGCGAUUCACAAACUGCAAAGCAACGGCAUGCUCUCCAACGACCCGCCGCUGCCCUCCCUCUUCAACAACAAAGACCAGUAUCGCGACCCGCCGCGCAUCUUCUUCCCCGAUGCCACCAUCGACGCCGCCGGCGCCGCCUCCUCAUCGCCGAUCACAGCGCACGCCAACGGCGGCGGCGGUAGCGGCACCCCGAGCUCCAGCGGCAACGCGAACCUGAUCCUCGGCGCCACACAACGCCUUAACCAGUCCCUCGCGCGCAACGCGACGACCGCCGCCGCAGCCGCGAUGCUGAGCUCGCCCUCGGCCGCGCGCUCCUCCGCACCCGCCACCCCGUCCGGCACCGUACAUUUCCACCAGCGCCACCAGCGCGAAUCCUCCGCCGGGGCCGUGGAGACCAACAAGCGACGCCGCCUCAACGCCUCGCUCGGCACCCUCCCCGCCGCCUCCUCAAACCUCCGCCAAUCCUCCCUGGGCCCCGGCACGCCCAAGGGCGGCGGCGGUGGUGGUGGCGGCGGCGGCACGCCAGCCUCCAGCCGGGCCGGCAGCGCGGGGCCCCGCGGCUCCGGCGCAUCCACCACCAAGAAAGCGCUCACCAAGAAGGUCGCACCGCAUCAGCAGCUCAAGAAAUUGAAAGCCGGCCUCAACGGCAAACACAGCACCGCCUCCAACAAGCGCUCCUCCAGCGCAACCGGCCGCCUCAAGCUCACCAAGAAAUCCUCCCCCUCUGCGGCGUCCGCCGCCGCCGCCGCCGGCAGCCACGCCGGCGAGGAUGACGAGGACGACUCGCUCCUCAGCAGCGCCGAUAUGUCUGAUUCUGAGCACACGGGCGGCGCAGGCACCGGGUCCGGCCUCGGCGGCCUCGGCGCCGAUGACGACCUCGAUGACGAGGAUGAGGACGAGGGCAACGAGGAUACGAAGGUGUACUGUACGUGCCGCAGCGUCAGCCACGGCGAUAUGGUCGCCUGCGACAAUGAGGACUGCGAGUUCGAGUGGUUCCAUUGGAAGUGCGUCGGCUUGACCCGUGAGCCUGUGGGCAAGUGGUAUUGUCCGCAGUGUUCGGCGAAAUUGGGUGCUUGA